GCAUCCUUCGGGCUUUCUCUUCAGCCGAAAGUCCCGUAUAAAAAGCACCAACCGACCGACCGGGCAGAACUGGCUCGGCUGCUUCCUCGGAAGUUUAGGCUUCGAUAAAGAUUUAGCCCCUUCCAGCCUGGCUAGUUGGGGUUUGUUUUUUGCUUUUUGCCUGCAGAGAAGCCUUCGAGUCGGAGUCGUUUCUUUCUUCUUCUUCUUCUUUUUUUCCCGUUUGUUUCUCUUUGACACGUCGAUGGUGAUAAUCUCCACGCUCGACUCCGGACGCUGCCAUGGCCUUCGCUAAUUUCCGGCGCAUCUUGCGCCUCUCUAACUUCGAGAAGCGGCGAUCCAAAGAGUACGAGCACGUGCGCCGGGAUUUGGAUCCCAACGAGGUGUGGGAGAUCGUCGGGGAGCUGGGCGACGGCGCCUUCGGCAAGGUGUACAAGGCCAUAAACAGAGAGACCGGAGCCUUAGCUGCUGCCAAAGUUAUUGAGACCAAAAGUGAAGAUGAGCUGGAAGAUUAUAUGGUGGAAAUAGAGAUUCUUGCUACUUGUGAUCACCCACACAUUGUAAAACUGCUAGGGUCCUUUUAUUAUGACAGCAAAUUAUGGAUUAUGAUUGAGUUUUGUCCUGGCGGAGCUGUAGAUGCUACUAUGCUAGAGCUGGAUCGAGGCCUGACUGAAUCCCAGAUCCAGGUGGUUUGUCGCCAGAUGCUGGAGGCCCUCAACUAUCUGCAUGGCAAGAAGAUUAUCCAUCGAGACUUGAAGGCAGGCAAUGUGUUGCUAACCCUAGAUGGAGAUAUUAAACUUGCCGAUUUUGGAGUAUCAGCCAAAAACAUGAAGACUGUGCAGAAGAGGGAUUCUUUCAUUGGCACACCAUACUGGAUGGCCCCUGAAGUAGUGAUGUGUGAGACUAUGAAAGACACCCCUUAUGAUUAUAAGGCUGACAUCUGGUCCUUGGGCAUAACACUCAUAGAAAUGGCACAAAUAGAGCCACCUCAUCAUGAGCUGAACCCUAUGAGGGUCUUACUGAAAAUAGCCAAAUCUGAUCCUCCGACUCUUAAUUAUCCAUCAAAGUGGUCUCCAGCAUUCAGAGAUUUUCUGAAGACUGCACUUGACAAAAACCCUGAGACCCGGCCAACUGCCACACAAUUACUGGAACAUCCUUUUGUCAGCAAGGUCACCAGUAAUAAAGCCUUACGUGAGCUCGUGGCAGAGGCAAAGGCUGAAGUGAUGGAGGAAAUUGAAGACAAUAGAGAGGAAGGUGAGGAAGAGGACUCAUCAGAAUCUGCCUCUAAGAGGGAUUCCUCUCUUGCAAACCAGCUAGGUUUGGAAGGAGAAAAGCUUCAAGAAAACCGCUUAUCACUUGUGGCCAAUGGACCAAAGUUGCCUUUGGAGCACGUCAAGGAAGCUGUAAAUGGGCAGGACAGCAGGAUUUUGGAGGAAGAAGCUAGAACUGAAGCUUUGGUCAAAACUGCUGAGCAUUCAAAGAUGUUGGGAAUAGAAACUUAUUCAGUCCUGCCUGGUGCCAAACAGAAGUUAAGCUCCAGCCCCCAGGCAUUGCAGCCCAAUGAAAACAUUAAACCAGCAGAGGAUGGGGCUGUCAACCACCACAAGGAAAGCACUGAGACAGCAAACAGUGAGGAUUCAAAUUGGGGAAGCCAUACUGUAAACAGCCUCCUUGAAACACCGACUGAAGAAAACCUCCCCAAUGGCAUUGUGAACUCUUCUCAGUUUGAGAAUGACAGCUUUAAGAGAGAUUCUGACUCUGGUAGCACCUCUGCUUCAGAGAGUAUGGACCUCAACAUUUCUUUGUCUACUGAUUUGUCCCUGAACAGAGGUAGUGAGUCCCACUCCCUAAAGAAUGCAAAAAUGCAGAACAUGACACUGAAACGAACAAGAAGAUUUGUAGUAGAUGGAGUGGAAGUGAGUGUUACCACCUCAAAAAUCAUCAGUGAAGAUGAGAAGAAGGAUGAAGAGAUGAGAUUCCUAAGGCGCCAGGAGCUGCGAGAGCUACGUUUACUUCAGAAAGAGGAACAUCGGAAUCAGACACAAUUAACAAACAAACAUCAGCUGCUUGUGGAACAAAUGUUAAAACGCUUUGAACAAGAAAUGAAUUCAAAGAAGAAGUUUUAUGACACGGAACUAGAAAAUCUAGAACGGCAACAGAAGCAGCAGAUUGAAAAAAUGGAGCAAGAUCAUGCACUGCACCGGCGAGAAGAAGCUAAACGCAUCCGUGCUGAGCAAGAAAGGGAUCUGGUUAAAUUUCAAGAACUGCUGAAACAAAAAAAGAAAGAGCUCAAGAAUGACAUUGAAAAACUCCCACGGCAACAACGCAAGAGCAGCAUGAAAGUGAAGAUGGAUGAAUUUGUACAAAAAAAGCAAGUUAUGGAACAAGAUUUUAUAGCCAAGCAAUCCGAGGAUUUGGAGCAGGCUAUGAAAAACAUUACAGCUCAGAAUCGGAAAGAGAUCUGUGACAAAGAACGAGAUUGCCUCAAUAAAAAGCAGCAACUUAUGAGAGACCGAGAAGCUACUAUUUGGGAUCUUGAAGAGCACCAUCUGCAGGAGAAGCAUCAGACUUUGAAACAGCAACUAAAAGAUCAGUAUUUCCUCCAGAGACAUGAGCUGCUCCGGAAACAUGAGAAGGAACGCGAGCAGAUGCAACGAUAUAACCAGCGCAUGAUAGAACAGCUGAAAGUUCGGCAGCAGCAAAAGAGGGCCCGUCUCCCCAAAAUUCAGAGGAGUGAAGGGAAAACCCGCAUGGCCAUGUAUAAAAAGAGUCUCCAUAUCAACUCCAUUGGAAGUGCCUCAGAACAGAGAGAGAAGAUAAAACAGUUUGCACAGCAGGAAGAUAAGAGGCAAAAAGCUGAGCGAGUACAACAGCAGCAGAAGCAUGAAAUGCAGAUAAAGGAGAUGUUGGGUCAGUGUGAGAGCAACAUGAAUGAACUCCAGCAGUUACAGAAUGAAAAGUGCCACCUUCUGGUUGAACAUGAGACCCAAAAACUGAAAGCCCUGGAUGAAAACUACAACCUGACCCUCAAGGACUGGCGAGAUAAACUUAGGCCAAGAAAAAAGGCACUAGAAGAUGAAUUGAAUCAGAAAAAGCGAGAACAAGAGAUGUUUUUCAAACUCAGUGAAGAAACUGAUGGUCUGGCUCCUAUGUCACCAAACAAGCCUGCUAAAUUUGUCCCAUUCAGCUCUGCAGAGGCUUCAUAAUACUUAAGAAGGUUAAGAAGGCAAGGCUUGGUAAUACUUGCCUUUGCCUGUUGGAGGGAAAUCAACAGACAGGGAUCCUUCCUCUCUUUGCCAACCCUGAUCAGAGUUUCCUGUUCAGUUGUGUGCCAGACGGUCAAUGUGACUAGCAAUCUGAUCCACUAGUGGUGAGGCAGGUUCACAUAUAGGUUAGAAGCUUCAAGGGGACUACCUGAUGGGGUCGGCUGCAGAAUCUACAUUGCUUGCUGAAUCGUUCCCCAGCCAGUUUUACCAUUUCCUAAUGGGAUAGUGGAAAAGAUCUAAGAGGAGAUUAAUCACAAUAUUGGUUUAAUUUUCCAAGUUAGCUUUUCUGUGUAUCUGAGCUUAAUGAGUAGGUGGUUUUACUCAACAGUAUAACUUUGAGACUCAAUAGUAGAUGAUGUUGACCUGUGAUAGCCUUUAAGAUGACAGUAAACCAUCGCCUGUAUUUAACAUGGUCUCUUACCCUUGUAAAUUAAGCAAAAGACUGUUUUUUGUUCUGUGCUUCCCUUUUGGAAUUGAUCAGCAUCUUCCAAACAGCUUGUGAUAUAAUUUGCAUUUUUUUUCUUUGAUAUAAGAAUAGCCUGAAAUUUGAAAGCAAAGCAGUCUUAAAACAAACAGGGUAGCCAAAGGAAUGAAUUUCUAUCAUAGUGAAGGUUGAGUAGAGACUGUGGAAAAUGCUUCCAACCUGGGCUAUGUUUAAAUAAACAGACUUGCCCAAGCUAAAUGAUUGUAAAUGUACAGUAAGGAAAAGUGAUCUUUCUCUGCUUUGUCAAUCAUCUGUGAUCCCAGGAGCUUCUCUUUUCAGAUGCAGCAUUGCACUUUUGGUUUACCCGUGUGCUACUGAACCAGAAUUCUGUGGUUCCUGUUCUUUCCAUAGUCAAGGAUGAAGCUUCUGCUGAAGUUUAUGGAAAGAGCUACUGUUUACUCUUUAGGUAAAUUAAAGAAGAGCAACCCCAGAUGUCUAUGGCAACAAAUUUGUAGCUGGAUUAAGAUUGAAGGCACUUUGCUUUGUAUCAAAUUGUAUAUGAUUUUCAGGUUUUCAUAGAGCAGCAAAUGCUAGCUUAAGGAUUUUCUCGUGCUAAAUGAUUGGGUGUGCUCAGAAUUGAAGACACAAUGUUGAAAUAAAGCAAUGCUAGAUUGCUAUGAGAAAUUCCACCCUUUGCAGUUUUUCUGAAUCAAUAGAAAGGGCCAUCUAAGAGAAGCCACAGGUUGUAGAAUAUAUUAUUAUGUAUUUGAAAUGCUAAAGCAGUUCAGUAUUUCAAACUUUUAUAAAUGCUAUUUUUGACCAAAGAGAUCUCUUUUCUUUCCCUCCCACGUGUUUUUAUUUAAUAUAAAUUUCCUCUUUGCCAGUUUGCAUUUCCCUAUGAGUUAUAUUUAAAUUGUUGUUUUCUCAUUGAUGAAGUAUAAUUCACACAGAUUUCAAUUUGAGCAACCCGCCAUAUGUGCUAAAUGCAUUGUUUGGUACUUGUUUAGCUAUAAGCCCAAACAGAAAGUUGAAACACUUCAUUUUCACCAUCUCAGAACAAUAUGCAUUUAUGAGAAAACAUGGUCCAGU